CAUAUUAGUAAUUUUAUAAAAGUAUCUACAAAGUCAUCUCCACACUAGGUAAAUAAUUUACAUGAAUGGCUGGUGGGGUGGAAGAUGAUCCAAAAUUAAAAGGCUUUCAUCGCUAUUUUAACAGUGAAACGAAUAGAGGGAGAGCUAAUGUCACUAAAGCUACCUAUGGAUUGUUGGCCAUAUACUACGUUUACUAUAAAUUAUUCAAGUCCUCUGCACCAAAGAAAAAGAAAGAAUGAUGAAGUUUAAUAGCAAUUGACUGUGCUGUGUUCCUUUAAAAUAAAAUAUACCUCAUGUCUAAUGUUUUGUAUAUGUACUGAAAUUCUGGUGCUGACAAAGUCACGGGCACCCAUUAGUGGUAGGAGUUGUCCUCGAUAUUACGAGAGAUAUUUGUUUCGCCGUUGCCUCGUGAAACCUGGGCCAUGAACUAUGGACAGAGCCUCCCACCAGCCGCACUGCCAACCCUGCCCAGCAUGGCCGGAGAAGCAGUUGACGAAUCCCAGUUGAAGGGACUUUCCAAAUACUUCAAUAGUCAAACCAACAGAGGCAGGGCAAACACAGCUAAAGCGACUUAUGCAUUCUUUGGAGUUGUCAUUCUAUAUAACAUACUGAAGCCUAAGAAGUCUACAGCAGCAAAGUAAAUAUUAUUAUGGUGUGUUUCAUUUAUGUUUAAGGACUGUAUUUAGUGAAAAUUAAAAUCAUGUAAAUUA